CCCACCAUAUCCGAUGGGAUCAAAACGAUAAAGACGGAGGAUUUCCUCGCCGUUCAUCGGAUACCAUGCGCAAGGGAGGGGUUCAUGACGGGCAUCGGAUCAGGUGCUGUAGUGGGCGGGCUACGAUAUGUCCGUGGAGCUCAAAUACCAAGUGUAGCCAAUUAUGCCGUUACAGCUGCCUUGGUUGGCAUGGUCGUACAAUGGGAGUUUUGCCAAUAUCAAAGAAUCCAGGAGAGAGCUGCAAUGGCACGAGUAGUCGAGGUCAUUGAUCGAAAGCAAGCUGAAAAGCAACAGAGAGCUGAAGAAGCUGCGUUGCGGAGGGCUGAGAGAGCGGCGCAAGAAGCAGCACAGAAGAGUUGGUUCAGGUUCUGGUAG